AUGACUAACUUGCAUAAUCAUCAAAUACAAAUACGAUGUGAUCUAGGACUUGAUCAAAGAGUUUUCAAUACUCCUACAACAUCUCAAGUAGCUGCUAUAUGGGUAGAAGAUGAUGCAAAUGCUAAUGUUCGUGCUUGUGAUAUCACUAUAUAUGGUCAUUAUGAUGAUUCACACAAAGUUCAUUACUAUUAUGGGUGUUAUGAUCCAUUGCAGUAUCCGUUACUUUUUUCAUAUGGGGAAUCUGGUUGGCAUGAAGGCAUUGAGAGAUGUAGAAAUAUGAAUUUUCAGCCUGAUCGUAUGUCAACAUUGGAUGUUUUUUCUAACACAACUACUUCUGUGGCUGAAAUUAUCGAAAAAGAGAACGAAGUGCUCAAUGAAGUGAAAAAACGUACUCAGGUAUCUUGUUGAAAAUAUUAUUCAUAUAAAUUAUAGAUUAGGUCUUCUGGUAAAUCUGUGUUACUUCACGCCGGUAAAUUAUUUCAACAAUAUGUUGUAGGUAUGUACAUUAAAAUAGAAACUACUAGAUUAGAUU